AUGGGCAUCCAUGCUGUUAGCGUCAUGCUAGAGGCUCUCAAUAGAGAUGCCCAACAUGCUACUAUCGCCAAGUUCAUUCAAAAUGAACUUGACGCAGAACGCGAGAAAGUAGCCUUGCUUCACCAACAAGGUUCUCAACAAUCAGAGUUGUUGAGAGAACAAGGUGCUCAACAGUUUGAACUGUUGAGACAGCAGCAGGCUGCUGCUGGUGGGUCGAUGCACUCGCGUCGGCCCGAGACUUUGAAGAUUGACAUCUCAAAGUAUAGGGGAGUCGAAGAGUACUCCCUCUUGAGAUGGUUUGUCGAAUCAGACGACGCCAUAAGGGCGCAUCGCAUCGACGAUGGGGAAAUGCAAGUUGCAUUUGCCCAAUCAAAUCUGACAGGACGUGCCAAGACUUGGGCUUUGGGACUCAAGUUGCACGACCCAUAUGCGUUUGGGUCGUUAUAA